AUGCAUGUCCUUUCUACGCUAGUCCUCGCUUCUGCGGGCCUCGCCUCAUCAUAUGAGGUGCCUGCCAAGUUAGAGCAGAUCUACAAGGAGCAUAAGACUGGAAACUGCAAGAAUGUCCUCGGAAGUGGGUUCAAUGACGGCGAUUCCAGUGCCAACAAUGUUGUCUAUUGUGGAGACAUUGAAGGAGCAAUCUUCCUCCAUAGCACCGCAAAUGGAGGGAGUUAUGCCGACAUGGAUGUGGAUUGCGAUGGUGCCGACAAUUCUGGUGGGGCCUGUUCAAAUGAUCCUAGUGGGCAAGGUGUCACUGCUUUCCAGUCGGAGGUGAGCAAGUAUGGCAUCUCAGACCUGAAUGCCAACAUUCAUCCGUACGUCGUGUUCGGAAAUCAGGACUCAAGUCCUAGGUUCGAGCCCAACAAGUUUGGCAUGGAACCUUUGAGCGUGAUGGCAGUGGUCUGCAAUGGCCAGCUGCACUAUGGAAUUUGGGGAGACACUAAUGGCGGAACCGCUACUGGUGAGGCUGCCAUUUCCAUGGCCGAGCUUUGCUUCCCCAAUGCCGGCAUCACCGGCGACAAUGGCCACACUCCGAGAGAUGUCCUCUAUAUUGGCUUUACAGGGAAAGAAGCGUUUCCCGGAGCCAACGCGGACUGGAAAGCUAAAGAAACCCAUGCCUUCGAGGAAAGCAUUAGAGCCAUUGGAGAUCGGCUCGUGGCUAAACUCGGUACCGGGUCAUCCCCAGCGCCUACUGGCUCAACAUCUUCAGGUACACCUAUUGCCAGUCCUACGUGGACUCAGAGUUCUUCGUGGUCUGCGCCAUCGGGGCCGCCAACUCGUUACUGGCGACGCAACAUGCACGCAUAG